AUCUGACUCCCAGCACACUGGGAGCUGAGGGGCAGGCAAUGAGAGCUGCACUCGGGCCAGGGAAGGCAUGAGUGACAGACCUGCAGCAAGGCGGUGGGGUAAGUGUGGACCUUUGUGCAGAAGAGAGAACAUCAUGGUGGCUUUCAAAGGGGUCUGGACCCAAGCUUUCUGGAAGGCAGUCACAGCAGAAUUUCUGGCCAUGCUUAUUUUUGUUCUGCUCAGCCUGGGAUCCACCAUCAAUUGGGGUGGAGCAGAAAAGCCCUUGCCUGUCGACAUGGUUCUAAUUUCCCUUUGCUUUGGACUCAGCAUCGCCACCAUGGUGCAAUGCUUUGGCCACAUCAGUGGUGGCCACAUCAACCCUGCAGUGACAGUGGCCAUGGUAUGCACCCGGAAGAUCAGCAUUGCCAAGUCUGUCUUCUACAUCGCAGCACAGUGCCUGGGGGCCAUCGUCGGAGCAGGAAUUCUCUACCUGGUCACACCUCCCAGUGUGGUGGGAGGCUUGGGAGUCACCACGGUUCAUGGAAAUCUUAGUGCUGGUCACGGUCUCCUGGUGGAGUUGAUAAUCACAUUUCAGUUGGUGUUUACUAUUUUUGCCAGUUGUGACUCCAAGCGGACUGAUGUCACUGGUUCAAUAGCUUUAGCAAUUGGAUUUUCUGUUGCAAUUGGACAUUUAUUUGCUAUCAAUUAUACUGGGGCCAGCAUGAAUCCGGCCCGAUCCUUUGGACCUGCAGUUAUCAUGGGAAAUUGGGAAAACCACUGGAUUUAUUGGGUUGGACCAAUAAUAGGAGCUGUCCUUGCUGGUGGUCUUUACGAAUAUGUCUUCUGUCCAGAUGUUGAACUCAAACGGCGUUUUAAGGAAGCCUUUAGCAAAGCAUCCCAGCAAACAAAAGGGAGCUACAUGGAAGUGGAGGACAACAGAAGUCAGGUGGAGACUGAGGACUUGAUUCUGAAACCUGGAGUGGUGCAUGUGAUUGACAUUGACCGUGGAGAUGAGAAGAAGGGGAAAGACCCAUCCGGAGAGGAAUCUCUGAGAGGCCAUGACACUGAUGCUUCUAACCCUUUGCAGACCUCAGUGAUUGCACAUGACUACUGGCCAGUAAAUGUAAAAUAAAUGAUUGGAUGGAUGGAUGGAUGGAUGGAUAGAAGAAAUACUACAAUCUGCAGGUAUUAACUUGAUCUGUGAGUGAGUGAAAAUCAUAGCCUAUAUUCCAUCUUCCCUUCAAAGGCCACUUUUCACAGAAGAGCUGUCAAUUUCUGAAAGCAUUAGUCAAGAAUAAAAAGGGAGGAGAAAAAAAUGAAUAGAUUCAAAUAAUUAUCAAUUAUGGGCUUUAAAAUUUAUAAAUAUUACCCUCAAGCAUUUAAACCUCAAAGCUCAUUAUGAGGUACGCAUUGCUAUCAUUCCCAUUUCCAAAAAUGAGGAAACCACGUCUCAAAGGGAAUAAGUCAAUUUCCCCAAAUCACAUAACAGUAGUAAAGCAAAAACUGAGACCUAUAACUGAAUGAAGCCAGUCCCCAACAUAACUGCUUUCAAUCUUACAAAGCUCUCCCAUGUAUCUGUCAUGGGAAUCCUCAUUGUUCCACACCAUUCCACACCACCAGGGAACAAUAAAUUAAAUGUAAGUGAUUUUAAUAAGUAUUACAGAGAUACAGCAAAGGUCUCAAAUAAGAGAAUGGGGUGGCCAGGCCUGGUGGCUCAUGCCUGUAAUUCCAGGUGAUUGGGAGAUGAAAACAGGAGGAUUGCAAUUCAAGACCUAGCUGGGCAAAAAGUUAGCAAGACCCUAACUCAAAAAACAGAUUGGACAUGGUGGUUCAUGUCCUUAGUCCUAGUUACUCAAGAGGCAGGAUCACAGUCUGCCUGAAUGGAGGCCAGCAGGGACAAAAGCAUGAGACAAUAUCUGAAAAAAUAAACAAAAGCAAAAAGAAAGGGCUGUGGGUAUAAUUCAAGUGGUAGAGCCU